AUUGCGCGAUCCGGAAAUCCACUCUCUGGUGCGCGGAGGGAACUGCAUUUCCUAUGGUGCCCUGCGACUCCGCAGACGCGGAGCCUUUUGGGAAAUGAAGUCUUUUCUCAAAGACCUUGCCGCUCAGCUGGAUCCAGGCCCUUGCAUCUUGGCGGAUCUGAGGCGUUUGGAGGGACAACAACCUAGAUGUGGAGCCGAAAUUUGAGGGUGUGACCUGUCUUAUGCGGAGCGGACCUUUGAGGAUCUCUGAGUGGAAGAUGUACUACAAAUUCUUGCAAUCCUCACGCUCUUCGUCUGCGGCGACAGUUCACCUGGGGUGGGCCUGAUUUGUUCCUGACUCUAGCAAACAAACCCCGGGACCGGGCAGAGCUGGGAUGUUGGAGCGCCCUGAGGCCAGGCUACUUGGGGGCAAACUGAGGAAAGAAUGUUGAGGAUUAUUUCUAGAGUUCAAAGGUCAGAGGUCAAUGUAGCGAGGAGUUGUGGGGGAGUCCAAAGUCGGAGGGGUGCUUAGGGGAGAAUUAGGGAGGGACUGAAUACUCAAGGGACAGAUUUGUGGAUAAGGAGCUUGGAGGGAGGAGAAAUCGGGAGGGGGCAGAUGGCGUAGUGCUGGGGAGGCGGGGACACAAGGGAAGAGAGAGGGGGAAAGGAAUCCCCUGAAUAUCCAUUCCCAGACUUCAGGCCUGUCACUCGCAGUCUCGGUCGUACCUCCCCUAGUUGCAACCCUAGCUGUUGGCAGGGUGAAGAGAUGGCUUCCCCGUCUAGACAGCCCCCGCCAGGGGGGUCAGGACUGCUUCAAGGGAGCCGGGCUCGUUCAUAUGGAAGCCUGGUGCAAUCGGCCUGCUCCCCAGUGAGGGAAAGACGCCUGGAGCAUCAGUUGGAGCCCGGAGACACCCUGGCUGGACUAGCACUCAAAUAUGGGGUGACGAUGGAACAGAUUAAACGUGCAAACCGCCUUUAUACUAAUGACUCCAUCUUCCUGAAGAAAACCCUCUACAUUCCCAUCCUGACAGAGCCCAGAGACCUGUUCAAUGGUUUGGACUCUGAGGAAGAGAAAGAUGGAGAGGAAAAAGUACACCCAAGUAACAAUGAAGUUUGGCCACACUCAGCUGAGAGGAAGAAACAAGAGACAGGAGCAGGACGUGCCAAUGGUGAAGUCCUCCCCACACCUGGCCAGGAAACCCCUACGCCCAUCCAUGACCUCUCUGCCUCUGAUUUCCUUAAGAAGCUUGAUUCACAGAUCAGCCUGUCCAAGAAGGCUGCUGCUCAGAAGCUGAAAAAAGGGGAAAAUGGGGUACCUGGGGAGGAUGCAGGUCUCCACCUGAGCUCCCCUUGGAUGCAGCAACGAGCAGUCCUAGGUCCUGUGCCGCUGACCCGUACCUCUCGGACCCAGACACUACGGGACCAGGAGGAUGAAAUCUUCAAACUCUGAUGUCCCCAGAACUGACUGAGAGAAGCAAGAUGUUGAAAGAGAAACUUCAGGGGGAGAGGAGCCUGAGGUGAGGCUCAAGAACAUGGCUUAUGAGCCUGCCUCCCUCCACUCCAGCCAUCCUCCCCAGCCUCCUUGUCUGCCAAAAAUUCCUUGGCCUGGGGCAGUUUUAUUGGCAAGAUUAGGGAAUGGGAACUGGACCUUUCCCAGUUCUUGGGCUGAAUCUAGAGUUGAGUCCUUUAGACUCAAAAGGCUCUUUUUAUAUCCCUGUUGCCUUUCCUAUCCUUUUUACCUUUCCCUGGCCUUAGAACAGGGAAGCAGAGACUCCCCCUCAGCUUCUUCCUCAUCUCCAACUAUGUGACAUAAUUUAUUUGGUGCUAAUAUUGAAGUAAUAUUUAUUUGCUAUAUUUUAUUUCUUCCCACUCUUAGCUGAAAAAUGGAAUUUCUAUAGCCCUGGGGUGAGGAGAACCCGGGAACAGUGAGCCAGUGACUGCUGGUUCUCCACUUUCCCCACCUUGUUAGCCAAACAUGUUAUUGAGGAUGAGGCAACCGGUGAUCUAGCCCACCACAGAGAAUGGAUGACUGUUGGCCUUUUCUCCAAUCUCAAAGUGACAGAUUUGGGCUGAUUCUUUUUUUUUUUUUUUUUUUUUUUUGGUACCCCAUUCCUGUUGAAUGGGCUCAGUCUUGACAAACCAAUUCCCUGUAACUUUUUCACAAUUCUUGACUCUGAGAAAAAGCAGCACUGUAGGGACCUGAACUCUCCAUUCUACCAGUUCACCCUUCUGACCUGUUCUGCUCAGCCUGUGGUGAGGGGAACAGAUGGAAGAAGGUUUUCCUUGGGGUUUGAAGAGGAAGCCAGUUGUGGGAGUCUCUUUGUUACACCCCCUCCCCUCCAGACCCUCUCUCUCUAUGCCUUCCUCCUCACUGCAUAUUUAUUUGCGAUUUGUAGCACUGAUCUAUGGUACAGUUGUUUUGUUUCUUAAACAGAAGUGGGUAAGGGAACCUCAGUAAUAAUGGAAAUCUGCCUCAGUCUCCUGUUUGGAAAUGAUGAGAGGUGAGAUAAGUAAUGUUUAUAUACCUCCUUUCUUCUGUGAUGAUUAUAAGGUAUACGAAGCUGGACAGAUUAAACAUUGAGCCCUGUGCA